AUGGUCCCAGCCAGUGGGACCCCGACCACGCAGCCGGUCGAAGACGAAACCAAGGAAGAAAACCCAUCACCCAACGAAGCAAGCGAUCGAUCGGCGCCACAUUCAAUGCCCAAGUCGUUAGAAGGCCAUUAUAUCGAGUUGGACAAAACGCCAACCAAGGCGGCUAAACCGUAUCGACCCGACGGCACGCCCGAUAGUUCCUACGACGAUGACAGCGAAGACGAGCGUCGGAAGGCCAAUGCGGAGCGACGUCGACGAAAUCGCGAAGCGAAACCAAAGAACAAGAAAGUCGACUACGUGGCCCAGGCCAAGGCUAAACAAGCGCGUCGACUAACAGCUGCUUUUGAAUCACCCGUGUGGCAACCAACGGCGCAGGAGUGGACAACACAACCAGGAAACUCAGGAUGGACUCCAGUGAGUGGUCAACAUCAGGAUGGAACUUCACUGGUGCUCAAGGACAUCGAGUACCCUCCCAUUAUGACUGUUGACUGGGACUCUCUUGUGGCCUGGAAACGCAAACGUGACUGGUAUGAAGAGAAGCUCAAGGCUAACGCCCAGAGAAUGCGACAUGAUUGGCGCGCUACAGCCGCCCCCUGGCUUGAAUCAGCGGACCGCAGCAUGGUUGAAGCUGCUUGCCUGUACCUGUGGGACAUCAACAUCGAUGAUCUGGAUAAAAGUAAGUUCCGCGAGCGCAUAUUCAAGGUCAUUGGAGAACCGGCGAACAAGUGGACCGUCACAAAGGCCGAAAUGGAGAAACAAUGGAAGAAAUUGCGUGUGGACCCCUUUGGCGAUGUGGCAAGUCGCGUGGUUUCCUUUAUGGAGCGAAUGAACAACAUCAUCGAUACGACGGGAUGCAAGUCACAGCUCGAAGCCCCGAACAUGCUCAAGAGCUUCAUCAAGGUGGUGGUUUCAUGCAUCACACCAUUCGACGUACGCGAUCGAGUCGAGGAACAGAUGAAGACAGUCCAAGCCAGCACCCUGGUGGAAUUCUCCAAGAUCCUGGCGGAACAAUUGGAAAGAACGUACCCGGCGGAGUUAGUAAUAAAAUCACGGGGUGGCGAACGAAAGCGAGGGCGCGAAUGGGAUGAGAAGGGACAGCGAACUGGCAAGACCAGAGUCCAACUCAAGAACGAACAGUAA